AUGGAUGCAUUGUUGCUACUUGAUAAUGUUGCGUAUGCUAGGUUGGAUGAUGAUUAUGUUGUAGCCAUGGAAAAAUUAAAGACAUAUAACAGUGACCUAGCGAAGUGGGUUGAAGAGAACAGUCCACAACAUUGGGCAAUGUCAAAGUUUGCCAAAAAACGAUGGGAUAAGAUGACAACUAAUCUUGCUGAAUCAUUCAAUGCUUGGCUGAAGGAGGAACGUCAUUACACAAUUUUCAACUUAGUAAUGACACAUAUGGAUAAGUUUGCUCAUCUAGCAUGUUAUCAUAUGGGUGCUACAGAAAAUUGGAAAGCUCCAAUUGGCCCAAAGACCGAGGAAAAGUUGUUGGAAAACAUUAUAAAGAGUGGGUCAUUGCCUGUAUAUCCCUAUGUUGGUGGUGUGUUUAAGGUAUUCAAUAUGAAAGUAUAUGUAGACGUGAAUUUGAGAGAGCGUACAUGUACUUGUAAGGCUUGGCAAAUGGCCGGAAUACCUUGUGAGCAUGCAUGUGCAGCAAUACGCCAGAUGAAACAAGAUGUUUAUGAAUAUGUUGACUCAUAUUUCAAGCUUCCAAUGCAAGAGUUGAUAUAUUCUGGACACUUUAAUUCAAUUCCAAAUCACAAUAUGCCUAUAGUUGAUGCUGAUGGAUGUGUUCGUGAUGCUCAAGGUUACAUCAUGGCAUCUUCAAGUGCUUCAUUUAGAAAUAUAAGAGACAGAGGGCGGCUGUUAGAAUCUCUGAAUCAAAGGAUAACCCAAAUAGGUUAUAUUAUUGUUGUCGAUAUGCAAAUACUAGAGAUGACUGUCAUUUCUUUCAAUGGGCAUUCCCGGAAGGAUAUGGUGAUGGCAACACCUACCAAGAACCAGAAGAGGUUGUUCAAAGAAGAAUUUAUGGCGUGGAUGAAGAUUUUAAACAUAUUUUAA